AUGUCACCAAUGGUGGGACAACCAGAAUAUGGUCAGAACGAAGAAAAUAAGAGUCUAAGGAAAUCUCUCAAGCGACUCCGCAAGAUGUUGUUACCAAGAACGAGUUUGAGGAAAAAACUCUUAUCAGAUGUCAUUCCCCCAAACGAUAUAGGCGGAUCGUUUGAUGAUACUGGAGCUCUAGAGAAUGUGAAAGAAAGAUUGAAAGAGUUGGUGAUGUCUUCCUCUUCAAAGACCAGAAUUAUUUGA